UACGUCAAUUGCAGUAGGUAGUGCUCCUGCAGAGUGUCCCUUAGGAAAACAGCAGAAGUGUCAAAUUUUGCUUCAAAUUUGGAAGAUGAGAGAGCUUUGCCACUAAAGCCUGCCUGUAGAAACAAAGAAAAAGCAGAAGCAGGCUGUUCAGUGUUCUUUGCGAUUGUUGUUUCAGGGAAAGAAAAUAAUUUGCACAGGAACGACGCAAGAAAUCCCUGGAGAAAGUUUUGAAAUGGAAGAAGAGGGAAAUGAGACUCUAGAUUUCAUCUGUUCUGCAAAUGAAUCUCCAUUCUCCCAGGCAAUUUUGGAAAGUCUUGACAUAACAGGAAUAUUUCUGUUUGCCAUCAUGACUUUAAUGACACUGGCUGCCAAUGUUGUAUUUGUGGAGGAAGUAUUCUACAUUUACAGGAAAAUCCCUCCCUCCAAAAGGUCAAUUUUCAUUUGGAUAAAUGCAGCUGCCCCGGUAAUAGCUACUACAUCCUGCAUUGGAAUGUGGAUUCCUCGCUCAACAAUGUUUACUGAUUUCACUGCUGCAGUGUUCUUCGCCAUUGUUAUCCAUAAGUUCCUCCUCAUGAUGAUUAAGGAAUGUGGUGGUCAAAAACUAUUCCUCAGGCGCUUUGAAAAUGACCGGUUCAAGAUAAGCACCGGGCCUUGCUGUUGCUAUUGCCUUUGCCUACCUUAUGUAGUCAUCAAUUGGAGAACACUAUUUUUACUGAAACUCGGGACAUUCCAAUUGGCUUUCCUUCGCCCUGUUCUAAUGUUUCUAUCAAUAGUGCUUUGGACCAAUGGAAAUUACAGCCUUUCUGAUCUAUCUCCUAACGGAGCUGCCAUAUGGAUUAACUGCUUUGUAGGCGUUCUUACAAUCAUUGCCCUGUGGCCAAUUGGAAUUAUGUUUCAACGAGUUAGAGUUCUUCUGAAUUGUAAGAAAAUUAUUCCUAAAUUUGCACUUUACCAGUUUAUCCUCAUUCUGAGCCAGCUGCAAGCGUCCAUCAUCAACAUACUGGCUAUGCAAGGGGUAAUCGCUUGUGCACCCCCCCUGACAUCUUCUGCACGAGGAGCAUAUAUGAACCAACAAUUACUCAUUAUGGAAAUGUUUCUCAUAACUUUGAUCUCCCGAGUUGUCUACAGGAAAAAAUAUGAAGACUUAGAGCUUCCAGAAUGUUCUGGCCAGGAGACCAAGCACAACAAUCACGACAGCAAGACUGGAUUAGGAGCUGAUAUUACUGGAAAGGAAAUGCCAUCCAUUUAGUUGCUGGUCCUGGGACAGAGUGCCUUUAAACACACUGUGCCAAGAAUCUGACCAACGCAUUUGCUGUAUGUGCAUAAGUGUGCCUCUGAGUGUUUAUAACAUGGUAAUACAAAGGACAGUUGUGGUACAGAAAGUGGAAUAAAUUCAUGAGAAUUUGGAAAUCACGUAUAAAAAGUGGAUUUUGGGGUUAUAUUGAUAGAAUGCAUACCAACAAGAGAAAUUAUGAUGGUGAAGUAUUCUACUUUGACAAGGCCUCUGCUGUGUAAGAGACCUUUCUUUCCCCACUGAAAGCAUAGUGGUUAACAAGACUUUAUUUGGACGGCUGUCAUAUCUGCAAUGUUUUCAGAGCUCUAAGGGAUAUUUUCAAUAGAUAACUAUCAUCCCGUUUGAAUAGAAACUUUCUUGUAACCAGAGCAUACUGUUAUUCUAGCCAGGAAUGCACCCCUGGAUUCCAUGUGUAGGUUUGGGGUAGACUCAGUUCUUUCAUAAUCUUAUUUCUCUGUUCAUACAAUACAAUCUUGAAAAUGCAUCUCUUUGAAAUAUCUUUCACUGAAUCAAAGAUGGAUCACAAUAGCAAUUUCCAGUGCUGGUGGUAAGAACUUAAAUCUGAUAAACACAUGCAAUCAAAGUAAUUUUGCACAUUCCAUAGAAGCUGCAAGAGAAGGUGUUUGUUGGAUUUAAAUAUUUCAAAUGAAAGUGAAAUGAACAUUUUCCUAAUUUAGGGUCCUUGAGGUGUAGGAAGAAGAGAUGCAAAUCAGAUACCAGACUUUACAGAUGGAUUUUAAAAUGAAGACAGGAAUCCAACACUUAAAUGGCCACAUCUCCAUAUGGUCCUGCCUUCAUCACAGGCCUUUUUGUGUCCAUCCAUGGGAGUGGCAGACGGCUAUAAAAAGUCAGUCCUUCUUGGCCAUGGCCCCCCAGCUUUGGAGUACCCUUUCCUUUUCCUUGUGUCUUGUUCCAUCACUGGGGCUUUUGGGCAUCAGUCUACGACUUGUUCAUUACAGCUCACCGAUUUGAAGUUUUGUCUGCCCAUUUCUCUCUCUCUCUCUCUCUCUC